UGCGACUCAUAUGAGGAGUGGGUGGAGUCACGGAUGAUUGACAGGAUAUUCUGGAGGCACGGCAGGCGAGUAAUCUGGCAAAUUGACCUCAGCCACACCGUCAGGCUACAGACGGCGAAUUUUGAACGAAAUUUCGCCCUAAAUCGGGAAUUUCAUCGCGUUUUGAUGCCGAAAUAUUGGCCAGAAAGUACCAUCCAUGGACUUCCAUCUCUGAUGUUCGUGUUUGAGAGCAGAUAAUGAUGAAGAUGAAGCUGCGAGCGGCGGGAGGCGAAAAUCACCGAUGCGACUUGAAUUCCGUUAACGGAUCCGAUCGUGAGCGCGGCACUGGAGCGGCUCAGCUCGACAAGGAGGCGGUGUUCGAGUGGUUCGGCUUACAGCUGAACCCGUCCGGACGCGUGGAGCUGCUUUGCGGGCUGCUGCAUAUGUGUCAGCCGCUGGAGCUACGCUUCCUCGGCGCCUGUCUGGAGGAUUUGGCCCGGAGAGAUUUCACCGUCCUGCGAGAUUAUGAAAUCCGGGCCAACUGCCCCGCUGAUCUGGAGGGGCUGGUGGACGUAAGCGACCCCGUUGUGCUGUCCAAACUGCUCGUUUAUUUGUCUUUGCUCGGAUCCAAGAGUAGGGAAUGCGCCGGGAUUCUCUUCAGGACGUUGAGUCGAAUGGACGCCGGGAUGUGCGGCGCUCUACCGGAGCCGGAGACUGUGGAUCAACUGCGGCUGCUCUUCACGAUGGGAUCAUUACACCCGGCGUUCAGUUUCUAUCAGCGGGAAGAGCUGCGAGCGCAGUUGGAUAGACUCCAAAGAUGGAGCCAGUUUUCCAGGCCAGGGUUCCUCUGUCCACACCGGGAGAAUGACGUAGACUGGACUCUUUGCAGCAAUGCCAAUCCACACCUCAGCAGCACGUCACAGAGGGAAGUGGUGCACAUUGAGAAGAUCAUUCUGAAGGAGGUUUCUAUGGGAGAAGACGGCAGGCAGUACAGUUUUGAGGUGAAAUGGUCAGACUCUUCAUCCACUACUGUCACCAAAAGUCAUCGUGAGUUGGAGGAUUUUCUAUUAAAGCUUCCUAAGGAGCAGAGCCCUGAUGGCUUUGAGAAGGGUAUCAUCAGAUUACUCAGUCGUGGAGAUCAAUGUGAAUCCAGAGAACUGGAGAGAAACCUCAGGGAGAAGUUCCUGUCUUUAUCACAGGAUGUCCUUCAGAGAUGUGACGUUUCCAGGUUCUUCCUGUCUGAUGCGUCUGUACGGCCAUGCAGCCACUGUACCAGUGCGCCCGUAGCCAGAAUCCAUCAGCCUGAACGCGGUUUUUCUGAGGACUGCUCAGAGACUUCCAGCCUGGAGGAGGAUACGGAGGCUUACAGCGUCAGAGCUGCUGGACUGAGUAGUCAGCGCUCUGAAUGCCAGAGGACAGGAAACUGUGAGCAGAACAGAGAGAGAGUUUGGAAGAAAGAAACUGAAUUGGAACAGAGCUCCACAAAUGACAGAAGAAUCUUUACGGCUGGACAGAAGAACAAAACAAUAUCAGCUGGAAAAAGGGAGAGAGGCAGACGAGUUACAGGUGUCAAGACUUCUAAUGGAAUCCAGAAACCUUCUGCAGCACUGAUGAUCAACCAGGGAGCUUGCAAAGACGCAGGAAGGGACCGGUAUGGGGACACGUCAUCGGAGAGCUCGAACUCUGUGCCAUCCAGCCCUGUUCACCAGAAGAGCCUGGAAGACCAAGGUGUGUUAUUCAGUAUGUGAUAGUUAAUCAAAAAAAAUCUGUAAUUUACUCACCCUCAUGUUGUUCCAAACCCGUACUACUUUCUUCUGUGAAAGUCACAAAAGGGGAUGUUUAGC